AUGCCGCCGCUAAACAAAACGAUUAUAGAAAUGCUGCCGGGGUUCACAAAGGGGUUGAAAGAGGGUCCCUCGAUCUGUGAAGUAGCAGUCACGAGCUCCCCGCGUGGGAUCUUUUACAAAGAGAACCCUUUGCUGGAGAGCUAUAACCUGUUUGCCCUACAAAUCAUCUUGCUCGUCUUAGCUUAUCGAGCCGUCUAUUUCCUGCUGAGGCCUUUGAAACAGACCAAAUUCGUCUGCAGUGUCGUGGCGGGCAUCCUGAUAGGCCCCAACAUGUUGGGAAAGCUCCAUAUAUUCGGGGAGAGGGGCUUAUUCCCAGAAAAAGAACUCCUUAUAACGGGCACAAUGGGCGCCCUCGGGAUUGCGUACUUUAUCUUCCUUGUUGCCGUCAAGAUGGAUCUCUCCAUGCUCCGGAGGACCGCCAAGGAAGCCACAGUCAUCGGGACCUUGAGCGUACUCGUGCCCUUCGCGUGCACGAUCACAGCCACUUUCCUACUGCCAAUGAUGGGGAUGCAGAAGGACUUCUUUCGGUUCCUGUUUUCCGCUGGCAUAUCCGUGACGCGGUUCGCCAACGUUGCCGACGUGGCAAAUGAGUUGAACAUGCUGACUUCACAACAAGGCCAACUUUUGCUCUCAUCCACCAUGCUCAACGAGCUCUUCACAUGGACAGCCCUCGUCUCCGGGAUUUGCUACCGGAACCCUAACAACCCCCUAAUUCCGUUCUUGCUUCUCCUUUCCAUGCUGGGUGUUGGGAUCGUCACAGUUUCAGUUAAGACUUUGGCAUUGAAGAUUAUUGCCAAGGCCCCUAAGGGAGUACCGGUGAACGAGAGGUUAAUAACUUCAAUCUUGAUUAUAGCCCUGUGGAUGGCCUUUUUCACGAACCUGAUUGGGUCACUCCACGUUGGAAUGCUAGUCAUGGGCCUCAUCAUGCCAGAUGGGCCGCCUCUGGGCUCGGCGAUCGUCGAGCGGGCCGAGUACAUGGUGAUGGAGUUCUUGAUGCCCGUGUUCUAUGUUCAAGUCGGAUACGGCACCGACCUGUCCUCGUUCGAUGUGACGAAAUUCUGGGAGGUCACCGUUUUCGUCACUGUGAGCUUCGCUGCAAAGUUCUUAGCAACUCUGUUGGGAGCCCUCGCAUGUCGGCAAAAUCAUCGAGAUGCCUUGUUGCUUGCGCUUAUGGUGAAUGUCAAGGGCCCAAUUGACCUUUAUCUGUUCAUGCGUUGGAAAAUCAGUAAGAAUGUGGCACCACAUACUCAUGUGAUAUUGGUGUUGUCGAACGUCAUGGUAACUGCAUUAGUGACGCCAUUGAUAGAGAGGCUGUACAACGAUUGCCAGAAAACAAAUGCAUCAGAUAGACAGGGCAUGAAAGCGAUUCAGACAAGCUCGAUCAGCGCUGAAUUCAAGAUCAUGUGCUGCGUACACAAUGUGGAUAAUGUUCCUGGGAUCAUCUCCCUCCUCGAGGCCUCAAACGGGUCGACAUCCAGCAAGUUAUCUGCGGUAGUCAUCCACCUCAAUGACCUAGUGGGUCGGGCGGCUCCUCUCUUGGUCCGCAAUGACAAACUAAAAAGGAAUAUUGACAAGAACCAGUCCGACAAGGUCGCCCAUGAGUUCGAGACCUACACCCGGAAAUUGUACAAUCCGAUUGCCCUAACGAAUUUCACAUUGGUAGCGCCCUACAAGGCCAUGCACGAGAACAUCUGCCAUCUUGCGAAAACAGAGGGGACUACUCUCAUCAUCCUACCAUACAGGAAAGUCCAAGGUGAUGAGGCUGGCGCCUCUCAGGCGGUCGUUGCUCAGGCCACGGCCAUACGCAACCUCAACUGUGACAUGCUAGCCCACAAUCCGUGUGCAGUUGGUAUUCUAGCCAACAAGGGCUUGGGCCGCUGCCUAGGCCAUGACUCCUUUUCUUGCAAUGUUGCCGUGAUUUUUACUGGCGGCCAUGAUGACCGUGAAGCGCUUGCCUAUGCAACCCGAUUGUUGAUGCACUCGUCUGUGCGUGUGACACUGCUUAGGCUCAUCACGAGGUGGCAGCAGGUGUAUGCCGAAGAUAUGAUGGAGAAAAAGCUCGACAACCGAUUGGUAGAGGAGUUCAAGAUCAAGAAGACGGAGGACACUCGGGCGAAGUAUUAUGAGGAGGCCAUUGUGGACAUCUUGGGCUUAUUUAACGCAAUCCGUUCCUUGGGAGACCACUACAAUCUCGUGAUAGCGGGGCGACAAAGCCCUCAAAUCAUGUCAAUGUGCGACGAAUGGUCAGAUACACAAGAUAUUUGGGGCGGGAAUCCUGAACUUGGUAUCAUCGGCGAUUUCAUCGCUUCGGAUGAUUACAAUGAGAGCAAGAGUUCCGCACUGAUAAUCCAACGCUAUCCAAGCGAUGAUGUUGAUGUACAAAGUAAAAAACGCUACGUAAAGUAUGAAGAUGAGCGACAUCUGCUUGGUUAUUAA